AUGGAAAAAUCCAAAAAUUUCCGCAUCGACGCCCUGCUGGCGGUUGAUCCCCCGCGAGCCGCCUCCACUCAAAGCGCACCGCUGGCCUUGGUCACUUCGCUCGCGGCCACAUCAUCUGGCCCCGGUCGAGGCGGCAGCGGUGGCGGGGGCACCAGUAGCGGGGCGAGUCGCAGCUGCAGCCCCGUGUCCUCGGAGGCCACCACAGCGCCUGGCGACAGGCUGCGGGCUGAGAGUCCGUCGCCCCCGCGCUUGCUGGCUGCGCACUGCGCUCUGCUGCCCAAGCCGGGAUUCCUGGGCGCCGGAGGAGGCGGCGGCGCGGCGGGUGGGCCGGGCACUCCCCACCACCACGCGCACCCGGGUGCCGCCGCCGCCGCCGCUGCGGCUGCUGCCGCCGCCGCUGCAGGCAGCCUGGCACUGGGGCUGCACCCGGGGGGCGCGCAGGGCGGCGCAGGCCUCCCCGCACAGGCGGCUCUCUACGGUCACCCGGUCUACGGUUACUCGGCGGCAGCGGCAGCGGCCGCGCUGGCGGGCCAGCACCCUGCGCUUUCCUACUCCUACCCUCAGGUGCAAGGCGCGCACCCCGCGCACCCUGCCGACCCCAUCAAGCUGGGUGCCGGCACCUUCCAGCUGGACCAGUGGCUGCGCGCGUCCACCGCGGGCAUGAUCCUGCCCAAGAUGCCGGACUUCAGCUCCCAGGCGCAGUCGAACCUCUUGGGGAAGUGCCGAAGGCCUCGCACUGCUUUCACCAGCCAGCAGCUGUUGGAACUGGAACACCAGUUCAAGCUCAACAAGUACCUGUCCAGGCCCAAGCGUUUUGAGGUGGCCACCUCGCUCAUGCUCACCGAGACCCAGGUGAAGAUUUGGUUCCAGAACCGCCGAAUGAAAUGGAAACGCAGCAAAAAAGCCAAAGAGCAGGCUGCGCAGGAGGCGGAGAAACAAAAGGGUGGCGGCGGGGGCACCGGCAAAGGCUGCACUGAGGAGAAGGCCGAGGAAGAGCUGCUGGGGCCGCCGGUACCCGGGGACAAGGGCAGCGGCCGUCGCCUGCGGGACUUGCGAGACAGUGACCCAGAUGAGGAUGAGGAUGAUGAAGAAGAUGACCACUUCCCCUACAGCAAUGGCUCCGGUGCCCACGCCGCCUCGUCUGAGUGCUCAUCCGAGGACGACUCUCCUCCACCAAGGCCCGGUGGGCCCGGGCACCAUCCUCCGCCUCAGUAG